UCCGGAAGAAAAACAACCGGCGAGCGUGAAGUGUCCGAGGCCUGUCGCCCGGAGCGCCUCUGGGGCCGGGACCAGCUGGGGCGGGAGACGCAAGCGUGAAGGACCGCCGCGUGGGGCGAUGGCGGCAGUGAACGCGCGGAAGCCGACCGGGCCGAAAGGCAAGCAGCUCAGCAUACAUGUCGUGACAUGGAACGUGGCCUCAGCAGCUCCCCCUUUAGACCUCAAUGACCUGCUUCAGCUGAACAACCAGAACCUGAAUCUGGACAUGUAUGUCAUUGGUUUGCAGGAAAUGAAUUCUGGGAUCAUAAGCCUCCUUUCUGAUGCUGCCUUUAAAGACCCAUGGAGCAGUUUCUUCAUGGAUGUGCUUUCCCCUCUGAACUUCAUCAAGGUCUCCCAUGUCCGCAUGCAGGGGAUCCUCUUACUGGUCUUUGCCAAGUAUCAGCAUUUGCCCUAUAUCCAGAUUCUCUCUACAAAAUCCACCCCCACUGGCCUCUUCGGGUUCUGGGGGAAUAAAGGGGGAGUCAACAUCUGUAUGAAGCUUUAUGGCUACUAUGUCAGCAUUAUCAACUGCCACCUGCCUCCGCACAUGUCCAACAAUGACCAACGGCUGGAGCACUUUGACCGGAUUCUGGAGAUGCAGAAUUUUGAGGGACAAGAUAUCCCCAACAUCCUGGACCAUGACCUCAUUCUCUGGUUCGGAGACAUGAACUUUCGGAUCGAGGACUUUGGGUUGCACUUUGUUCGGGAAUCCAUAAAAAAGCGGCGCUACGGUGACCUGUGGGAGAAGGAUCAGCUCAGCAUUGCCAAGAGACAUGACCCGCUACUCCGAGAGUUCCAGGAGGGUUCCCUGCUCUUCGCACCCACCUACAAGUUUGACAGGCACUCCAGCGACUAUGACACCAGUGAGAAAAAACGCAAGCCUGCAUGGACCGACCGCAUCCUGUGGAGGCUGAAGCGGCAGCCCCAGGCUGGCCCCCACACUCCCCACCUGCUGACCCCCCAGUUCUCCCUGUCUCUGAAGAGCUACGAAAGUCACAUGACGUACAGCAUCAGUGACCAUAAGCCUGUCACUGGCACCUUUGACUUGGAGCUGAAGCCAUUGGUGUCAGCUCCACUGAUUACCCUGAUGCCCGAGGACCUGUGGACCAUGGAGAAUGACAUGGUAGUCAGCUACUCCUCAACCCCAGACUUCCCCAGCAGUUCCUGGGACUGGAUUGGACUGUACAAGGUGGGAAUGUGUGACAUUUAUGACUACGUGUCCUAUGUCUGGGUCGGAGACAACCAAAUCUCCUUCAGUGACAACCUGAACCAGGUAUACAUGGAUAUCAGCGAUAUCCCUAAGACUGAAGAUCAGUUUCUCCUCUGUUACUACAGCAACAAUCUGCAUUCUUUGGUGGGGAUAAGCAAACCCUUCCAGAUCCCGCCUUAUGCCUUUGUGAGGGAGGACCCACUGGGUGAAGCCCAACCACAGAUCUGAGCCAGGAUGGGAGUGAAUCCAGGGCAGAGGCCAGAGCUGACAGCCAGCUCCACCGUACCACUGCCAGGAGUGCUGGGGGCCCAACCCAGUUCCCUGAGGAAACAACCAAGUAGCCUUCACCUACCCACCUCACAGAGUAAGUUCUAGCCAGACUCCUUUCCUCUCUCCAGUACAGAUCUCUGGAAUCAGCCACUUAAAUACAAGUUUUUGUUGCUGAGAUGUGCGUGAAACCAGCUAGUUUGUCAACAGUGAAGACUUGGGGACAGUCCACCGGAUGUGGGAAGGACCCUCCAGCUUGCAUCUCAUUUCUUGGUUUCCCCACCCCCACUUCUAGUCCUGCCCUAGCAGUCCUGCCAGGCACAUGUCCCAUCUGGCACAGGCCUGCAUUCUUGUCACGCCAUACUGGGCCUCGGGCUGCCUGGGAAGGGGAGAUGCUCACAUUUGUACAGGCUCCAUAGACUGGCGCAAGCCACAUUGGGUUCCAGGAGUCUUGGCAUCUCAUAGCUUGGCCUCAUGAGGGAUGAACAGAGGGUCUAGGCUCCCUGCUUUCAACAGAAGCAGUAUGACUAAGUGGGCAGAUAGCGGGGCCCCUCUAGUCAGGCUUAUAUAAUGGUUGUGAGUAGGCUGAUGAGGGUCUUUCUGCUAGCACCACCUCCCCUCUUCCCCCGUGCAUGAAGUCUGACCCGGGCAGAUCCAGGGCCUGAACAGAGAGAAUUGGAAGGAUCCUGGUGAGCUUCCACUGGUGAGUCAGUCAGGUCCUAUGCCUCCAACCUGCCUUCUUAGGAAGGGUUAACAGGUGGUAGAGGAGCUAUAGACACAGACUUUUCCAGUGUGGUCCUCACCAGAACAUGCUCAUGUGCCCCACCCUGGUCAAGAGUCAUUGAACAGAAACUCCUCCUCUCUCUCGACCCCCUUGGGACCUAGAAGUGGGAGCAGGCAGAAAGGAGAACCAAAUCAAGAAACUUCGGAGGAUCUGCCCCUGGGGUCUUCAGAAAGCCUUUUCCAGGUGCUGUGUGGACAUGUUCUGUCCCUACUCCUACCACUUGCCUCCUGCCAGUGGUGACUCAACAGUCUUUUUCCCAGGAGAAGACACCUCAGGGAGUCUGCUCAGUGACUGUCAUACCACCACACAACCUGAAAUUGAGGGUUACUCCAGUUGCAUAUGCCAACUUGGGAGCCAUGUGUAUCAAGAACUGUCCCCUGGCUUCUGGCCAGCCAUGGCCGUUUAUUUCUUUGUCUGUUACAUUGUGGGGGGGUAAUUAGAAAUAUGGCUUUUAUACUUGUGUGUGACUCCUUGAUGAUGGGGGCUGAGGUGUGAGGCACAUAGCAUUGGGCUCAGGGCUCCCUACUAGACUUCAGGGACAAGGGACCUGUAGAACCAGACUAGACCUUCUAUGUCAGAUUGGCAGAAGUGGCCAGGAUGGGACUAGGACAAGGUUCUGGGCUGGUGACCCUCUGAGUUCCUGCCCCAGGUAGGACGUGCCACCUUUGCUGUUGGGCGCUUAGUUAACAGCUGAAUAGCAGGGGUUUCUUGGAACUGACAGCUUUUGGAAAAGGUACUUUGCUCUUAGUAGGUCAUCCCUUCUCAUCCGCUGCUUCCUCACACCUUAGUCUUGAGCCUAUUUCUGGAUUAAACUGUGCAGAAUGUCA